AAAGGUUUGACAUCAUCAUGUUGGUUGUAUUCAGAAUUUAUAUUCUUUCUCUUCUUAUUUCAUUGAAACAAGUUGCUUGUUUAGAUGACUUAGAUGGAUAUAUAAUAGAAGCAAGUUCUGACUGCAGCAGCCUGAGUGAUGAUACUCCAACACUAAAGAUCUUGUCAGACUUUAGUGUUAUGGCUAAAGCCCGAUGUGUCGAUGGAGAUCAAGAAUUUGAGACAACGGACGGUGUGAACUAUUUGCUUCCAGCCACAUUCACUUCUGGCAACGAUAGAUGUCAGCUCAUAAGACGCAAGCAGAUGUUCUAUGUAGAGGUUGUUGUACUGUUUGGGUCGAAAGAAGCUAGAAUAUUGGGCAACUCGAAGACGUACACUUUGGUUUGCUCUUUCGACGAUAAGGGGAAGUCCCUUUCUGAUCGUAUGUCCAUUAUUGAAGGGACCUUUGUACCAGGAGAGAUGGUAAAAGGUUAUGUAUCAAGUAUAGAUUCGUCUCAUAUCACUCUCAAACUUCAAGAUGUCAUGGAUAACGACAUUGGGACGGAUAUAUCUGUAGAUAACUAUGUCUCGCUUCUCGCCACCUCUGAUGGUGCCAACAGCGAGGUUGGACUGAAGCCAAUUAGCUGUGAUGUUAUCAGUGACAAGGCAAAUAACAGAUAUAACAUUCUUAGAUCUGGAUGCGGCCUCGGUCAGUUUUUUAAGAAAGGAGCAGGGUUUACCACCAAGGGAAAGACAGCUCGCAGUCCUUAUUUUAAACUAAUAAUGUUGGACAAUGACGAUACUGUACAAUUUGACUGCCAAUUUGCUUUGUGUAGUGGAAACUGUGAUGGAACUUCGUGUGAGGAUGAGAAUUAAUAACACCAGAUUCUUUUUGAAUUCUUUUAUAAAAAAAAAACUCUUACAACG